GUGCAGCUCAGCUUCCGAGGUGGGUCCCGGCCGUGACGGAAGAUCCGCUGCGGCCCGGAGGCCGUCUUCGGGGAGCUCUUUUGCUGGCCUCACUAUGGGAAGCUCGUCAUGGGAGAGAUCCUGUCCAUUAAGGUUUAUAACUGCAGCAAGGUUUUCAGUAACAGGCUUCUUGGUACCCUUGUUCUCAGCCUUCAGCACCUGAUGACGUCUGGGAGGCUGAUCCUCCGGGAGGCUCUUGUCGACAGGAACCACAGAGUCACUGGUAUCUACGUUGAGUUGGAUUUGCGCUACCAACCUCCAGAUGGCUCAGCAGGGACCUGGGUUGAAGAGGACUUUGUCUAUCAGAUGAAAGACAGUUCUGAGUUAAUAAUUCACAACGCUGGAUUUGAGGAGCUGGAGGCAGCUGAGGGGCCAAGAGCCAGUCAACUGGACAGGAGGGCUGCUGCACUGGGCAGGAAGCUGGCGAAAGGCCUGGAGACCGAUGAGGAAGAGGAGGAAGAAGAUUUCUAUGAUGUGUCUGAGAUGGAGGUCUCAGGCAUUGUCUUCAGCCCUGUGAAGAGCCGCUCCAGACUUUGCUCCGUAUGGGACCUCUUUGCCACUCCAAUGCCACAGAGCUUCCAGGUUGGGAUUAAUAUCAUUGAAGCACAGAAGCUGGUGGGGGUGAAUAUUAAUCCCUUUGUGGUAGUCAAGGUUGGAGAGGAGAAGAGGCACACAGCAACGCAGAAGUCAACAAACUGCCCCUUCUACAAUGAAUAUUUUUUGUUCGAAUUCCAUGAGCCAAGAGACAUUUUAUUCCACAGACUCAUAGAGAUCUCGGUCUUUCACUCAAAGAAGAUACCAUUCCUGGGAACGUGCAUAGGAACAUUCAAAAUGGAAGUUGUGACCGCGUACAGCCAGCCAGAUCACAGGUUUUUCCAGAAGUGGGCUGUUAUCAGUGACCCCAUGGACACUCGGGCAGGCGUGAAAGGCUUUGUGAAGUGCAACAUCUCCAUCUCUGCACGUGGGGAUAUUGCAGGCUCCCUCCCCACCUCCUCCAGCAGCCAGGAUGUGGACAUUGAAAGGAACCUGCUACUGCCUAAGAGAGUCCCUGCAGAGAGACCCUGGGCCAGGGUCUGCAUCAAGCUGUAUCGUGCUGAGGGCCUGCCCAGCAUGAGCGCAGGGAUCAUGGGUGGUUUCUCCAAGAUCAUAGGGGAGAAAAAAGUCUUUAUCGACCCAUACGUGCAGGUCUCAUUCUGUGGGCAGCAGGGGGAAACGUCGGUGGAGACCAACACCACUGAGCCCGAGUGGAAUGAACAGAUCAGCUUCAUUGAGUUGUUCCCGCCUCUGGCCAGGAAGAUAAAAGUCCAGGUGAUGGAUGAUGCCAAUGUUAGUGACAUGGUCAUUGCUACACACUACAUUGACCUGCAGCAGAUCUCGGACCCUGGCAGGAAUGGCUUUAACCCCACGUUUGGCCCAGCCUGGGUGAACCUGUAUGGCUCCGCCCAGAACUCAGCUCUGCGGGACAUCCACAAAGACCUCAACGAGGGCAUGGGCGAGGGGAUCUUCUACCGCGGGCGCAUCCUCAUGGCCAUCACGGUGGAGAUCUUCAGCAGCCCCAGUGUUGCAGAGAGGAAGCUUAGGGACAAGAAGAAAGAUGCUUUAAGCAAACUGAAGCUGAAGAAGAAAAGUAAGAAAUCUAAAGACAAAGCCAAAGAACUGAGCCAGCUGUGGGGAGAGGAGGAGGCUACGGGCUCUCAGGAGGCUGAGCAGCCCGGGGAGGUCACUGUGGAGGUGGAAGAGCUUCAUCCACUCCCAGAGAAUGCAUUGGGGAGGAAGGAGGAAUUCCUCCUCUUUGCUGCCUUCUUUGAAGCCACUAUGAUGGACUCAUCUCUCAGCUCCAAGCCUGUCAGCUUUGAAGUCUCUAUAGGAAACUAUGGCAAAGCUGAAGAGGUUGUGACCAAAGUAUGGAGAAAAGUGGAAAAAGGAGAAAUGAAAGAAGAAAACCAGCCUUUGCUGGAUCCUGGUUCAGAUGGUGGGUUGGAUGUUGAAUUCCUGGCCCCAGCCUCAGCAGCACUGAACAAGUCGGUGACAAAGAGCCAGAGACCAGAGCCCAUGGAGUAUGACAGGUCAUACAGCUGCCUGCCCAUGACACAUGAGAAACCCUGCGUGUACGUGUGGAGCUACUGGGAGGAUCACACCUGGAGACUCUGCAUUUCCAACUGGAUUGUCAAGCUGGCAGAGCGCCUGGAGCAGGGGCUGGAUGAUGUGGAGAAGCUUAUAAGAAGGCCAAAGGCUGGAGCAGAAGAGCGGCUCAGAGAGGUGCUGGAGGAGUUUGUAGCUGGAUGCAGGCACUAUUCACUCAGCGCAGAAAGAAAAACAAUGGCACAUCCAAACAACCUUGACAGAUGUCGGACGAAAUACCUGAUGUGCAGCAUUAUCCUGUAUGCAAAGCAGGGGCAACGUGUGAGGCAGCAGCUGACCCGAACCAACAUCAAGGAGAAAGUUAAGGAGACAAGGAGGAUCCUAGCAAAGCUACGCUUCAUGGCUAAGGAGGGCUCCCCAGAGUUCCUCGGCCAGGCUUUUGCUGUCCCUCAGGUGAAGAUGGUUGAUGAGCCUUACACCAAACCUGCCCUGCAGUUCUUUGAUUUCUACAAAGGCACCAAAACAGCAGGAGAGCUCAUUGCUGCUUUUGAGCUGAUUGAACUGGAUUACAUUGGCUAUUUGGAGCCAUCAGUGCCUGAAGACAUGGAGCCCAAGGAGCCCGACUACCUCGGAGACCCCCAUGCUGGACGAUACAUCAUCCCUGAGGGCAUCCGCCCGGUGCUGAAGGAGUUUCGCAUAGAGAUCCUCUUCUGGGGCCUGCGGGACCUGAAGCGUGUGAAUUUGUUUGAGGUGGAUCAGCCCCAGGUGAUCAUUGAAUGUGCUGGCAAGAAGGUGGAGUCUGAGGUGAUACUGGCCUACAAAGAGAACCCUAACUUCACCGAGCUGGUCAAAUACAUGGACGUGGAGCUCCCAGAGCAGGUCUAUCUGCACCCUCCCCUCAGCAUCUUCGUGGUAGAAAAGCGGGCGUUUGGGCGCACUGUGCUGGUGGGUACCCACAUUGUGUCUGAUGUGAUGAAAUUCUCUCCCAGAGAGCUGGAGGAAGAACCAGAAGAUGUGCCCAAAGCUUGGAAAGUCUCAUCCCAUCAUCUUCCCUCUCAGACUGUGGUAAACAUUGGUCCAGCAGCUGGUGACCCAGGUCGCAGCACUCACCCCCUGAAUCUUGUGAAGGCUCCUUUGAAGAAAAUUCGUAUCAAUAAGCUUGUAAAGAAGGAGGAUAUAUAUGAAGAGGAAAAGCCAGAGCUAGAAGAACUGGAUUGGUGGUCUAAGUACUACGAGUCCCUGAAGGAGCUGUAUAACCAGCAACACAGUGAUGAGGAAGAUGCUGAGAAUGAUGACCUGAAUGAUAUGGAUGGAGGGAAUUUAAAUGCAUCCUCCAUUGAUACAGAAGCAGAAGAUGAGGCAGUAAUUGAAGCUGAGCCAGCUCAACCCAAGAGGAAGCUCAUCGCCACCAUUCAGAUCUACAACUCUGAGCUGGAAAAUGAGUUUGAUAAUUUUGAAGACUAGCUGUGUAUUUUCCCCCUUCAUCGUGGCAAAGCAAAUGAGGAUGAAGAUGGAAACGAGGAUGAACAUUUUGAGGGGAAGUACAAGGGCUCCUUCUAUGUCUACCCCACUGAGGAGGCAGGCACACAGCCCAAGAUCUCCCAGGGCAUUCCAAGAAACAGACCCAUCAAGGUUCUUGUAAGAGUUUACAUCAUUAAGGCUACGAACCUGUCUCCAGCAGACCCCAAUGGCAAGGCAGACCCCUAUGUGGUGGUGACCGUGGGGCAGGAGCAAAAGGACACAAAGGAGCGAUACAUCCCAAAGCAGCUCAAUCCUGUGUUUGGAGAAGUUCUGGAGCUGACAGUCUCCUUUCCUGUGGAAUCAGAACUUACUGUGGCAAUAUUUGACCAUGAUUUGGUUGGAUCUGAUGAUCUGAUUGGGGAGACCAAGAUUGACUUGGAGAAUCGAUUCUACAGCAAGCACAGGGCCAACUGUGGAGUGGCUUCUCAGUAUGACAUAAAUGGCUACAACACAUGGCGAGAUGCUUUCAAGCCCACACAGAUCUUGGAUAGUUUAUGCAAGAAAAACUCGCUGCCUGCAGCAGAGUACAGACGGGAGGAGGUCAAAGUGGACAAUAAAAUAUUCAAGGUCCCUCCAGAGGCUUUUCCUGAAGAGACCUCUGUAAGGAACAAGAGAGGAGCAGCAAAUGAGAACUGGUCAGUGGAUGAUGAACAUAAGACUUUGUACGUCCUGCAGCACUGGGAAGAGAUGCCAGGAUACGGGUACAAGCUGGUACCAGAGCAUGUGGAGAUACGGUCCCUGUACAACUCGGAGAACCCUGGGCUUGUGCAGGGCUCUUUGCACAUGUGGAUUGACAUGUUUCCAAAUGAUGUCCCUGCACCACCGCCUGUCAACAUCAAGCCGCGAUGCGAGCAUGUGUCUUACUCACCUCUGUGUUCUCCCCACAGCUAUGAACUGCGUGUGAUUAUCUGGAACACAGACGACGUGAUCCUUGAUGAUGUCAACCCAGUAACAGGAGAGCCUUCCAGUGACAUCUAUGUGAAAAGCUGGAUAAAGGGUCUUGACCACGACAAGCAGGAGACAGAUGUUCACUUUAACUCCUUGACCGGGGAGGGCAAUUUCAACUGGCGGUUCAUCUUCCGCUUCAACUAUCUCCCAACCGAGAAGGAGAUCACCUACAAGAAGAAGGACUCUGCCUUCUCCGUGGAGGAAUCAGAGUUUCGUGAACCAGCUGUUCUGGUUCUCCAGGUCUGGGACUACGACAGCAUUUCAGCUAAUGACUUUCUAGGCUCCAUUGAACUGAAGCUGCAUGACAUGGUACGGGCAGCCAAGAGCUCAGAGCAUUGCACCAUCAAGAUGGCCAAGGAGAAUGCAACACCUCGCUUCUCCAUCUUCCGAAACAAACGCAUGAGGGGGUGGUGGCCCUUCGUCAAACUCAAAGAUCAAGAAGAUGAGGAGAGGGAGGACAAGCAGAAGAAGAAGAGAAAGAAGUGGAGAAGCUCAGUCAAACCAGAGGAUGUGGAGUUCACAGAUGCCAGUGGGAACAAGUACUUCCUGACA